UGCAUUUGCAGUAUUAGCGGGGUGCACGGUGCAGCCGCCCACAUAAAGACAACUACAAGACUUAUCUGGCUGGUGCAGCUUCUGGCUGAGCCAUCUGACUGCGGGUUUAUCUGCUCCGACACACUCCCUCUCAGUGGGAAAGUGUCACACCGCCCCCUCCUUCACCUCCUCGCCCCCGCUGACUCCCCGCUCACUCGUCUCUCUCGUCUCUCCUCCACCUCUGGAUGAUAGCAGCUCCCAGUCAUGGAGGAGACAGCAGUCACACACCAGCCAGAAAAGUCAGCAGCAGAACUUUGUCCAUCUGCGUGUCAGGACGAGGAAGCGGGGGGCUUCGCCUGCACAGGAAGGGAAGAUAACGGGAAGCCGAGCACGUUCCCUGCCAUGAUGGACCCGGUGCUCACGCAGCCCGGCCUCGGCGUCACCACGACAACCGUCACCACCAUCACGCAGACGGGAGGAGACUGGAGCACGGGGCUGUUUGAUGUCUGUGGAGACAGGAUGACAUGUGUUCUCGGGGCGCUGCUGCCGUGCUGCUUAGACCUGAGUUUAUCUCACCAGUACGGGGAGUGUCUGUGCCUCCCUCUCCUGCCGGGAUCCACGUUUGCCAUGCGGGUCGGGAUCAGGGAGCGUUACAAGAUACGGGGGAGUGUGUGUGAGGACUGGACCACAGUGUACUGCUGUUACCCUCUGGCUGUGUGUCAGAUGAUAAGAGAGAUGAAGCGGAGGAUGAAGACUCAGACGUAUCAUGUGUCGACGGCCCUUGAAUGCUCGUGAAGUGACCGCUGAAAGGACCGGGGCCUUUUCUCUUUCAUUCAAGCAGAGAUUGGUGAGGAACCGACGGAGAAUAGUCUGAGGAAAAUCAAUACUGUAGGGUUGGAACUUACUUUUAAAUGCCUCUGACAAUCCCUCGGGAAAUAACUCAGGUCUGUUGUUUAACAUUCACAAAGACUGGAAAAGAGAUGUUUUCAUUAAUGGCUUGAAGAGCAGGAAUACUCAUAGAUUAAAAGGCAUGAAUUUAAAACUCCCUUGUAUGCUGUAAUAUUUUCAUAACAACCACAUUGUUAAUCUGCUGUUGGAUUUGAUUAUUCCUAAUAAAAUUGGUACUUCUAGGCAAUCAUUGAUUUGCAUGUAUUAUUUAGCUGUAGCAGGGCUUUGAGGCCGCGUGCAGCUUUGCCUCCAAGACUGCUGACUGCACUUCACAGCCGAGUUAAUUGAUAGAAAAAAAGCAGUAAAUGAAGUGUAAAAAUCUUGAUGACUCGUGUAGGCCGAUACCCUUCAUUUGAAAUAUUAUUCCCAAAUCAGCAGAGAAAUGAACGUGUUCAUUUCCCGCCUGAGACGCAGGGAAGACGAGGCGAGGAGACGUGGUCUCUUCCUAACCUUGCAGGACAAACCUCAGCAUCUCCCCAACCAAUCCGACUAACGUCUCAUUUCAAUGCUACAUUUAAGGCUAAAGUCAAGCUAGAGGAGCAAAGAAAAGCUCUUUCUGUUUAAAUUUGACCUGAAAAGUCAAUUGUUUGCUUAAGAAAGCUUAUUGGAAAGGUUGAGACGACAUGUGUUCAGCAUUCAGAGCGACCCGCUUGAUUUAGCAGUGUGUGCAGGCCAUAAUACAGUUUCCAUUACAGGUCCAGUUUGGGAAUAAUGAAGCCUAUUUUUAUAUUCCUGUUAUUCUUUUGGCCAUGUAUUUCUUGAUUCCCCCCGAGGCAUUCAAUCAUACUAUUAAUUCAGUCCUGAUUGCCGUGGUUCCCUGAACCUGAAAUGCCAACCAGAAUGAGCGGAUAUGAAAAUGUUAUUUAUUCCCAAAGCAGAUGGAUCCUCAAAGGGCAAAUAUGUAAUUUGUUAACUCUUACAGAUGUGAUCUCUCACCUGGCAGCUGCCUCCAAUGAAAUUAGCAAUGAGAGAAAAUUGGUUUGGAGUCUAAAAUGUGGAUAUGAGUGAAGAAUAAAAUGUGAUCACGUUAUAGAGAGUGUCUUUCCCACUUCAGUGAGCUCAGCCUGAUGAACGUACACGUAUUAGAAUGAUGACCAUUACAUUUACAUGAUUCAUACAUUGUUGGUUUAGAGUCUAAUAAAUGUCCUUGCUACUAAAUAUCACAGAGCAAGUGAGUCCAAUUAUUUGCAACAAGGGGAAGCUGGCUGGCGGUGCUUGACUUUUAAAGAGGAAGAUGGAAAGAUGGCCGGGGAAACAUUUCAGACUGGUAGUCGGAGCGUUUUUUAGACGGCGUGAGCUGAGGGAAACCAUCGUAGAGGGCAGAGGUGAGGUGCACUAACAGCCUGCUGGGAUGUUAACUAAGCAGGGCAGAAAAACAACCCAAACAGAAUAUUGGGAUCAGAGAGCAGAAUCCCGACUGCAGUGAAGCGCCAGAGGACAAAUCAAGAGGAACAACAACAACUAAAGGCAGAUAAAAGCUAAUGCUGGUCAAAUGUUGUCUUGAAGCAUCAAGGUUAGCAGAAUCUCCAAUCCAGCAGAAGGAAGCUGCCAGGGCUGAGAAUAGUAGAGAUUUAGGAGACAGAACCGUCUGCAGCCGCCGGCUCUGACGCGAUUGUCUCCCCUCCUGCAAUUAAGCAGACCCACAAGCAGAGGGACAGGAAAAAACCCUCUCACUGAGCGGGAUGUCCGGAGGGAACGCAGAGGCGGAUGUCAUCUAACAGCUAAUGUAAUAAGAAGAGCAAUAAUGGCUCUUGUGCUGAAGUGCUUAACAUUCGCAGAUGAGGACAAACGAUCGCACACGGUGGUCCUUUUGCAGAAAUAAACACGUGCAGUGUUGCAUGCUAUUGUUGACUGUGAGUGCUCUUAGCCAUUAGAUUAAAAAUAAAAAACAAAUAUAAGCACAUUUACAUUAUUGAAGCCUUAAUUUAACCAACCAUGUUGGUAAUUAAGCUGCAACAGGUUCACUGCAACUGUAGUCUCAGGUAACCAGUACUGGAGUUGAGGGGGGAUGAGGGUGGGUGAGGGGGGACGGCAUCCCCCCUGAAAUAAAAAAACGGUCCAAAUCAUCCCCCCUGUAAAACUGCCAUCCCCCCUUUCCAUCCCUUAUGUCAUUUCAUCAAUGAAUGUGGUUUUACUGCUAUUUCAACAUUUAGAGUCAUCACCAGAAAAAUAACUUAUU